AUGGCACGCGACUCCGGCGCGGCGUUCCCGUCCUCGGCCCGCUUCGUGCCCCCGGGGCCCGGCGCCGCAGCCGCCCCCAGCGCCGAAACGCCCGGGGCCUCCUCCCCCAGGCCCCCGCCAAGCGCCGGGACCGCCACAAACACGGCCCCACGGCCGCCCGGCGCCGCGCCGCCGCCCGCAAAAGCAAUCCACGUGGCCAGCGCCAACUCCAGCGCCGCGUACUUGCCCAUUGCGGCGCCGGCCGCGCGCACAAAACGCGAGACGGCCGACGAGGUUUUCGCCAAGCUCCAGCGGUUUGGCGCGGCGCCACGCGCCCACGGGCCGGGCGGCGCGCAGAUCCCGAGUUUCGAGCUCGGCGCGCUCGCGCACAAGGACCCCGUGCUGCUCGCGGAGGCGCUCGCGGCGCAGGGCCGGCGCCACGGCGCGGUCAAGAUCCGAAUGCCUGCCGCGGCGCUCGCCGAACGCGCAGGCCGCCUCGGCCCGGACGCGGUGACGUUCCGGGCCAACCGGCUCGUCAACAACGCGCCGGAGAACGAGUUGCAGCCGCGGCUCCGGUUCUACCACGAGCUCCUCCAGCUCCACACGGCGGGGUCACGUGACGCGGGCGGCCAGGACAGCGGCCGGGCGAGGCUCCCGGCGGUUCUCGCCAAGCUCCCGAUGAUGGACAAGCGCCCGUUGGACCUCUUUGACUUCUUCCGGCUCGUGCUGCGCAAGGGCGGGUACGCGGCGGUGAUCCAGCGCAAGCUCUGGGCGCAGGUGGGCCGCGAGUUGGGCUACAAGGGCAAGAUCACCAGCAGCUUGAGCAGCCUGUUGAAGCUGUCGUACGCCAAGCUCUUGUACCCGUUGGAGGUGCGGCUCAAGACCGCGGCGCUCGACUUGACGGGCGACGGUGCCGGGGGGCACGGCCUGGAUGCCACUGCUACUGCCGAUUCCGGCACUGCUACUUCUAGUACUGCCGAUUUUAGCCCUGAUAUUACGAGUACUGCCGAUUCCGGCACUGCCGCCUCUGGCACUGCCACUGCCACUAGUGCUGAUUCGGGCACACACACUACCUCCCCCCAGCACCUGGCACACCCCGUCGAGCCCGCGAAGCGCCGCAAACUCAACAGCCGCGCCCCCCUCGUUCUCGGCCUGGCGGCAGAGUUCCGCCGCUCCGUGCGCCUCAAAGCCGCCAAGGGCUAUCUCGUCAACGAGCCGCAUCUCGUGGACGUCAAAACCCCGCUCGUCAUCUCCGCCCGCGACGCCGCCCUGCCAAAGCCCGACGUCUUGGUCUCGCCCAUCGGCGCCCCGGCGCAGAUCAACAACUACCUCAAGUGGCUCGCCUGCUUCCUGCCCGUGAUGCAGGACGCCUCCAGGCUCGAGCUCAGCAGCAAGAUGGCCACCACGUACUCGUUGCGCCAGUUCAUCGAGCGCGACGCCUUGUUCCAGGACUUCUUGCUCCGCAAGUACGGCCCCGCUUUGGCCGGCCCGCCCGGGGCCGCCAAGCCGGGCGCGAAGCCCCUCGUGCUGCCCUGCGCUUUGGAGGCUGUGUUCUGGCAGUACUUGGCCGACAGCCCGCCGGAGUUCCGCCGCCUCGAAAAUUGCCCGAAGCUCCCGGGCCAUCUCGCGGAGGGCGGCGUCAACUACAUGGGCGCCGACUUCGCCAGCCACAAGGCGCAGGUCUACGCGGGCUCUAAUGUUCUGGCAGCUUGCGGAAGUGCAGCUGAUGCGCCCAGCGACACAUACGACAAAAGCGUGAGUUUGCAAGGCUUGAGCAGAGACUACUUCGCCCACACCUCCAGGGCCAUGGCAAGCACCUUGAGCCCGUUUGAGACCGCCAACAUCCCGUUCUUGCCCGACUCGCUUUUGGGUGCUCUCUCGGCCCUGGACUUGGCCAGCUCCGAUCUCGUCAACCCGAGCUUGAACAUCGGCAUGACGUUCAGCACCGAAAACUGGCGCUGCGAGGACCAUUUCACCCAGCUUUCCAGCUUCCACUUUUUCGGGAAAAGCAAGCGCUGGUACUUCAUCCCAGAGCUGGAGUUCGACAAGUUCGAGCUGUUGCUCGCGGAAACAGUCGCUUCACAAAACAAGGAAAAUCCCCGUGUAAAUAAGAAUUACAGCACCAGCUGCUGGAACGUGGAUUCGCUCUCAGAGUUAGUCACCGCGGACGACGACGCCACGAACACCCAGUAUGAGUUUUUAUACAAUUCGCUCGAAAACAUCGUGAGCCCGUAUCCGGAGACAAGGAUGCCCCACCACGAUCCCGUGUUCGAAAGGCUUAUUGCGCUCAAGCGAAAGACGCUAUUCUUGAACCAGGAAUAUUUGAUCACGCCUGACAUGCUCGAGGAACGGGGGAUCAGAUACACCACUACCUUACAGCAGCCGGGAGAGUUGAUCUACAAAUAUCCAAAGACUUACUCUGCCACCAUCUCUCUCGGGUUCAAUGUGAGUGAAGAAAUCAACUUCGCAUCCAAGCUCUGGCUCGAUUACAGUCUAGAGGGCGAGAAGUGGUUACAAAAACAAGGUAUACUUCCCAGCAUGCUGACUUUUAAACUUCUCAUCAACUUUGCACAGAUAUUGGAGUCUGCCAACGGAAACAACCACCACUUCAGCCCAGGGGUGCACUCCAAGGUCCUGGAGAAAUUCGCUGAGAUGCUCGAUACAGAGUUGGCAUUGAGAAAUUCAGUCCGCCAAGCCGUCAAAAUAAAAGAGGUCACGAUCGAGGAAAGAAACAUGCCAGAGGCUGACGUGGUUACGGACGACGACUUUCUGAGCGCUGUGCCCUCCAAAAUCGUGAUCCACUCGAAGGGAUCUUCGCUGUCUUUUGCAAUAUCACUCGCAACGUUUACUGAGUACCUCGCAGAUGAAGGGUCCCUCAGAAUAUCCGAGAAUUUAACAUUUGCCGAGUUGUUGAAACACCCAAAGUACCAAUUUGAGCUCCAGAUCUUUUAUUCGGACGAGAGAUUGAGAUCGCUCCACAGGUCGUUGAAAGGGUUUUCAGUGGAUUUUGAAUCAUGGAUGGCAAAGUAUGACGAGAUGAUGGAUUCGGAAGACGACAUGGUUUUGAAAAACUACAAGGCUUUGCUUCAUGAUGGCCAAAAAAUCUAUUCUGCUCUUUCUGGAGCAGGUAAUGCUUUUGAAACUUUCUGCCUGGGAAAAUCCACCAACCCUGAAAUCCAAACCCAAAUUAAGAGGAUUGAAGUCUUCAAGAAACAAAUUGAAAACCUCCGAGACUUUGUGGAAGAAUCCUCUGCGUUUGUAGAACAAUGCCAAGCCAUCUUGUCACUUAAGCAUCAGCAAAGAAUUAGAAACGGGGAAACAGAAAGUGUUGAUCCUUGCGAAGACGAAAAUCCCGAGAGCUUACAGUUGCUCGUGGAACUAACCAAUAAGAUUCCUUACCUCAACUUCCAUGCGCCAGAGUUUGAGCUUAUUUUGGAAUACAAAAAUGAAAUCCAGAAUUUUGACAAAGCAUGUCGCUCGCUUAUUGAGCUGGGAAGUGCUGCCAUUUCCGAAAUGAAUGACAUGAUAAAUCUCGGGACUUCUUUUGGGAUACAGAUUCCAUCUUUGAAGUUUCUUAUCCGCUUGAAGAGGCGUUUGCAAUGGAUAGACACACACAAGGUCAUCAUAUCAGGUGGUGACCCUUUCAGUGGGAAGAAAGAUAUAUUUUCACUUCCCGACUUAGAAAGAUUCCGUGACCUGGGGAUGAAAGUUCUAUCGAGCAAGGAAGUGCACAAUUUGAAAAUGAUCGACCAGUACUUGAAGGACGGCCGAGAGUAUGAUGACUCUAUAAAGACAUACCUCUCCCAGAACAAGCGUCUUAAUGAUGUGGAUAUUGCUGUUUUGGAAUCCAAGCUUGUUGAGAUGGAAGAAAAGUCCAAGUGGAAUGGAAAAGACCGACUUUUUGUUGAGCUAUCUACCUACCAAAAAUUGGUGGAAUUAAAGGCGGAGGAAAAAUAUGUAAUCUUUCUCAGGGAAUUUUCUUUCAAGAUUCACAGCCUAUAUGACACUCGUCAGACUUUGCUGGAGCUUGUCAAUUGUCCAUUUGACUAUGAUGAUAGCCACGUGAAAGUGAAAGUGGAUCAAUGUGAGGAAUGGUUGAAAAAAGCGGGAAAGCUAUUCGCGCCGAUCAAGAUUCUCCAACGACAUGCCCGUGCUCACACUGCUUUGAAGAAUGUCUGCAACGCCGCUUUAGCUGAAAAGAUUAAGCUUCUUUCGGAAAAAACUCAGACUGCUUUAAGCGAUGAGAAUACUGAUGUUUUCAAGAAUUCCUCUCCUUACUUGUAUGUCUAUGAUAUACAAGACGAUCUGGAAGAACAAGGCCCAAUUCGAUAUUGUUUAUGCAGAGACUAUGAGGAGGGUACGAUGAUUGAGUGUGACGUUUGUCAUGAGUGGUUUCACGUAACAUGUGUAAAACGCAUCAGUGAGAUCGGGAAUGAGGACGAUAGGUACAUUUGCCCAUGUUGCCUGCUGCUUGCCUUAUAUCAAACCACAUCCAAGCAAUCGGAAUUUCCAGAUAAACUUGAUGAGCUGAUCAUAUUUGCACUACUUAAAGAGGGCGAGGCUUUACAGGUCCAACCAAUGACGGAGCUCAAUCUCUUGAGGGAGUUGUGGGCAGUUGUUGAGGAGGCUCGAGACUUGCUCUCGCGUCCCGCUACGAGAGUCAAAAUUGUGAAUCAUGGCUCGUUGUAUCUCAUAUUCUUGCUUCGGAAAUUCAUUGGUUCGCCGAUAGUCAUGAACUCAAUAAUUGAGCACCUCAUGAACUUGCUAAGG